CGUACCAAGGCCAAAUUAUUAUUUCUCCUAAUCCAUUCUUUCCAUGUUUCAGUCACGUUUCUCUUCUAUUGGGUCCCUUUUAAAAGCAGUCACUUUUUACUGAUCGUUAUAUUCACUCACUUUAUUACCAUACAAGUUCAUCCGCAUUCAGUGUAUAAUGUGCUUCAAGUCAAGACCUAUUCCAUAAGUCUCGAAGAGCCGACUAGCAAUGCUUUCAGUCUAAGCGCCAUGCUUUUAUUUGUAUCUAAUAAGCCAGCACACUAUUAGACGAUUUCUCACACAGCUCAUCAUGGCAGCUAAUCAAGCACUAUCUGCCUUUGAUCAAAGUUCAAGCCUAGACCCUGGGAAUUCUCCGCGCAGGAAUCCGCGACAGAAUGCAGCUACUGCAGCCUCCGCUGCUGGGGUUCGUGCUCUCAGUGCUCAACUGGUUGCAUUCUACUUCAGGGCACCUAUCAAGGCAUUCUUUCGCACCCGAGUUGAGUAUCAGGCCUUUGCUAGGGCCGUAAAUCCUCAUUCUACAAAACCGGGUUGGUCUUUACACACAACCACACCAGGAUUGCUUGUCCAUGCAGUUCGCACAUAUGGAUGGCAAUUCAUUCCUAAUCAAGUCAUGCCCCCUCUCCUAGCAAAUGCCGGAGUUGGUGCCGUCCUUUAUACGUCAUAUCUUCAAGUCCUUGGUGCCUUGUACGAGCCAGUGUCUCACGGGAUCAAACGUGUAUACCCACCUCCUCCCCCUUCGAGUACAUUUGCAGCCGGCUUCAUAGCUGGCACGAUUCAGUCAAUAGUAGCUGCUCCUUUGGACGCUCUUCAGGUUCGUCUUCGUGCCAAUGACUUGCUUGAAGGCCCAUACAAGAGUAUGUGGCACUAUGGCCGCCACAAACUCAACCAGAUUGGGGUUCGUGGUAUCUUUGCAGGCUGGAGCUUGUCAUUCACGCGCGAUGCCUUUGGCUAUGCAGUCUUUUUUUCCUUCUUCGAGUUCAUAAAGUCGCAAGCCUACUAUUCCUUUCUCACCUGGUACUACGGCUCACGGUGCACUUAUUACAUGGAUAGGUCGCAGUACAUCCAAUCAAGUGAUCGAGGAGUACCGCUUAUUAGACCUCAUUAUGCUCUGGAACCAUGCUUUCUGAUGGCUGCCGGUGUUGCUGCGUCAGUGGCUCAACAAAGCAUACAACACCCGUUAAGUGCUAUACAGAACCUCCACGUUGCUCGCUUGGAAUAUCUUGAUCACCAAGCAAGUUUUCACCCUUCAAGGCGGGAGAUGCUACGCUUGUACUACUCUGCGUACCAGGAAACGUACAAACGGUGCAAAAAAAAGGCGUACAGGGGGGGUGGCUGGGGUCGCUGGCUAUUUCGCGGGUUCGUAAAGGAUGCUAUUCGUCAGGUGCCCAGCACAAGUGCUGGGCUAGUGAUCUUUGAGGUGGUACGGCGUAAAUACGCUAAUAUGGCAGACGCUGUAUACAUUCAAAAAGAUGGCUAUGAUAUUCUCUUAACAUGACGAACGCAUUGAAAAUAUACCCUCUUUCUUGGACGCUUUGCCGACCGCUUGAAUUAACUGGCUGCCGAAGAGUUUCCAAGGAAGUAUCUCGGUAGAUAACAGAAUACGCUGUGAAUAAAUAAUGACCACGCCCUUAUGGCAAAUAUAUUGUCUCCUGUUGUUCAAGAAACACACUUCGGAAGGCAAAGCGCUACAACGUUAAGAAGAAGAGAGUAUUCCUACUAGUAUGGCAUAUUGUAUCAAGAGGAAAGUGAGAGUGGCGAAUUGACAAGUUUCGG